UUCUCGCCGUCAGAGAGCUUCCCAAGCCCUGGAGACGGACUGGCAGAGGCUGGGCUCUCAGCGGCGCCUGCUGUCCCAGUCCCAGCCCUGAGCGACUGGGGAAGUGACCAGAUGCUGCAGUAUCUCGACCUUUCCCUCUCUUCUGCCCUCGGACGAUUAGGACAGCACUGCGGUUUUAAAGCUGCGGUCUGUUUCAGUCACUUGAAGGUGCAACCAUCUUGAUACAAGAAAUCAUGUCAACAAGCUUCACAAGACCAAAACAUUAGCUUUUGACCAAGGACAGUUUUCAGAGAACUUCCUUUAAUCUUCCAGAAUUCAAUUUAAAAAUAAUAUUGUUUUUAUGAUUUCAAAUUCCUCUCACCAUGUUUGUCACUAGUUUGCAAUUGCCCAGCACAGUUUGCCCAGGCAACAGUAAUGAAGAGGAGGCAAAAAGAACACAGCAGUCUUCAACUGUUUUUGGACGAUCCAGAACUGAGAGAGCAGAGAGGAGGGCACAGAGGAGAAGCAACAUGUCUUAUAUUGGUCUCAGACGAGAAGAGAUGGCUGAUAAACUAAAGUACCCACUGGUCCUCCUGGCUCCCGUGAUCCUCAUUCUGACGCUACUUCUAAUUCUAUCUGGUAUUUACAUACUGAAACCAUUUCACAAGGUCUUAAAUUUCACUGGCGGCACCUGCACUGUGCAUGGAACCUGGCAGGAACCUCAGGGCAGUUGCAGCUCUGGGAGAGACAUAUUUUCUCCCUGUGUUCAGAUCAAGGUUACUGUCCACCUAACUGAUGGUUCCAAAGGGAUGGCUGUAAUAAUGGAGAAUGAACAAGCUUUGGUAUACUGUCAGCAGUGCUCCUUUACUUUUGGUCGCCAUGGGGUUUUCGCUGAUCGCCUAGUGGACUGUCACGGCUGGCGAGAAGACUACAGCAGACCUGCUUGUGUAAUGAAAUACCUUGAUCAUUUUGGACAGGUAAACACUACCUUCCCGUGCUUUUACAAUCCAACAAAGCCUCAAGAAGUGAUCAGGGAAAAGCAGCUGACAUGGGGAAUGGUGGUAAACUCCCUACUGUGGCCGUUAUUGAGUUUAUUUGGAUAUGGAGCUGCGGGUGGCUUUGUUCUAUUUGACUGCAACAAGAGAAGAAAACUGAACACUCUCUUGGAGAAUCAGGCUGCCAAAACUGAAAGAGAAAAGGAGCCAAUGAAGAGACGUAGGAGAGGGAGCAAAAUAGCCUGUCGUCACGGCAAUAAUUUUUCCAGCUACCCGACUAUGAUCAAUGGUUCCCUUAGUUGUACCUGUUUGGAUCAUGUUUUGGAAGAUCAUCAAACUACCUCAACACCCAGAGUUGAAGCAUCUUGGACCCACCCAUCAGCUGUUCUCUGGACAGAACAAGAUCUUCUGAAUCUUGAGCAUUUGGAUUUAGCUGUCACAGAAUAUACCCAGAGCAGGCCACCAUCUACCUAUUCUAAUGUCUAUGUACCACAGGAUGGAGAGGUACUUGUAGAUAGUGAAACGGAAUGGAAUACACUUCAUGGAAAUAUGGAAUUUGGAAUAUCAGAACAAGAUAUUGAUUAUUAUUUUGCCAGUAUUUCCAGAAGGCAUAGCUUCCGCCAAAAUAUUCUCCCAUUUCAUCCAUUUGUGGUUAUGGGUGAAACCAGGGUGUAAAUUGAAAUGUAAAUGUAGAAUUUGGUGAGCCAAAGUUUUUGGAUUAUGCUUUUGUCAUGGUAGACACCAUAUAUAUUUUCCAGGAAAAAAUGCACGAUAUUCAGGUAGUUAUUAGUACAUGAUCAUUAUUAAAAGUUUUUUGUUUAGAGCACACAUCUGUCUUUAUUACAUAUGCAAAACAAUCUUGAGAAAGUAAAAGCCAGGAAUUUAAUUUUAGGGUUAUGUAAGAAAUGGUAGCUUUAAAAAUCCUAUAAUCAGUAGGCAGAAAGUCAUAUGCUUUCUUUCUUCAAAAAAAAAAGUUGUUAGUAGCCAGGGACAGAGAUAAAACAAAAUAAAUGUAAAGGAGAAUGGUACUCUCAGGGUCUCACAUCAAGGUCUCUUGGUGCAGGCCUUCACGUUGAUAUUCCUAAGCUAACAAGCUGGAGUCUUGUACCCUCUUAGUGAGACAAGUGUCUGACUGGAGUUAGUAAAUGGCACCAAGCAUGAGAUGAGCUGAAAGAUGACUUUGAGGCAAAGCAAUGGACUUCGGGAGGUUACAUCUUGGGUACAUAUCCUGUGGUCAUUGGGUGCAUAGGAUUGAACAAGUGAUUGACAUUAGAUAAACUACCAGCUCCUAAAAUAUAUAAAUCAGUGAUCGGAAGGGAAGCCUGCAGCCUCCUCCAGAUGGAGGAAGACCGGGGAAGACCAAGUAAAACUGGGGGAAGAGCUUCUGAACAUGUUGGCUAGAGAGCAGAAGGCUGCUGUCAUCAGCUAGAGAUCUACACUCACUCUGUGCCAUUCGUCCGCCUGUUCAUCUUCCGGGACCAGUUUUCACCUGUAAUGGGCCGUAUGCUUUUCUUAUCUAUUUAACUUAGGCAUCAUUUUUAAACUGUUGCCUCUUAAUAAACUACUUUAAAAUCACUUACGAGCUCAGCCCCCCUGCCUUUUUUGGGUGAUAUGUGAUUCCUGAACUCAAAAUCUUGCAGUUAUCAGAACCUAAACUGUGUAGGCAGUCUACCAUAGGAAUUUAUAAGCGGUUACAAUUAGAAUUACAGGUUAGAAUUCCUGUGAUGAAUAUUUGAGUGAUAGCCUGGGAGGUCUGUUUAACAGCUAAGAAUUAUAACUCUGUUUCACUUCCCAGACUAUCCAUGAACCAGUUUUAUAAAAGGGUUUUCAAAUUCUGAUAUUGGAGCAGUGGCAGUGUAUUAAGUACUAUUCUUUCCUCCCAUUCCAUGCCACCAUAUAGCACCAAUUGUUAUUACAGUGGAGAAAAAAGGAGCCUCAGGUGACCCAGCUCCCAAUUAGUUGCAAAAAGGCAUCAGAAGCAUUAAUCUACAAAUCCCUUCUUGGUCACUCCAGUCAACUGCUGUAUCUUCCUCUAUAAAUUUCCUUUGCAUUCCACCGGUCAUGGCACUUCUCUUUUCUAAUGAUACCUAAUCAAGACACUGUAACACCUUCUCUUCCUCUGUCCACGAAUUGAUCUAGGGUGCACCUUAAGAUUCCAUCCAUCAUUUAUACACUCCUAUUACCUAUUUUUCCCCAAGCUCCACUGCCUUCCAGUGCCCUAAAUUAACUUCAAGUUCCUCAUCACUUUUGAAUUCCUGGGUUUCAUCUUGCUGUACCAUAAUAGAUUCUCAUCCAAUCUAUCAUAGCUGCACACACUCUGCAAUUCUGAAAAUUCUGUUUUCCACAAGUUUUGGUGUCACUAUCAAUUAUUAUACUCCAUCUUCAAAAUGCUACCUUAGCAUCCUCCACUUUUACAUAUCCUGCUUUCAAAAACCAUGUAUUAUACAGGUUGCAAAAUAUCAGUUUAGGUCAACUGGUAGCUCUCUGACCCCUCAGAAUUCUGUUGGAGCCCCACACCAGGACUUGCAAGUAUAAUCUAUGAGGAUUCAUCAAUCUUUUGGGAGUGCCAAUUGCAGAUGUGAUACUCAAAUGAGCAGAACCGAUAUGCCAGUUUUGUGGAUCUUAAUGAUCCCUCUGUGGAUCACCACCUUUAUGUGGUGGAGAGGUUUGUGCGCGCUGACUAUCCCUUGAGCGAUGUUGUCAGGAGCUUCUUGUUCAUGGUGGAGCCACCCAUGGUGUAAAGGUUGGGGGGAGGUGCCAGACAAAGUGCGGUCCAAAAAGUCCUCAAUGGCAGAACAGGCAAAGGAAGACUAUGCGUGUCACCAGCUGCGAAGACAGAAGUAGGCUGCAAUGGCAAGUGGGUCCUGGUCAUCUUUCAACAGGUCACCAAAGGUCCCCAUGUUAAACAAAAUCAUGCUCAGGCUUCUGAACAUGCCUGAUCUAGAGUUUAUGGAUGACUGCAGUGUCGUUGCCAACUCUGCACCAGAUUUGUAAGCCACUUUUGAUCUCUUCAAUUCUGCACACAAGAAAUGUUUCCAAAACAAAAAUAAUUUAUCAGCCCACACCUGGUCAGUCAAAUAUUCUAUCUCCCACAUAUGUUGAAGGAGAGACUCUGGAAUAUAAAAUAAAAACAGAAAAUGCAGCAAAAACUUAGCAGGUCUGACAGCAUCUUUGGAGAGAGAAAUAGAGUUAACGUCUCGAGUCCGGAUGACUCUUCUUCAGAGCUGAGUUUUUCCAGCAUUUUCUGUUUUUAUUUCAUAUUUCCAGCAUCCGCAGUAUUUUGCUUUUAUUUUAGACUCUGGAAUAUGUUGAGCACUUCCCAUACCUUGGCAGCUACCUCUCUCUAAAGGCCACCAUUGACAAAGAGAUCCAACACUGAAUCAGCUGUGCCAGCUCAGCCUUCAACAAAUGACAGCAGCGAUUGUUUAAGAACAAAGACCUCCACAAGUCAACAAAAGUCUUAGUGUUCAGAGCAGUUGUCACCACACUCCUAUACGACAGGGAGAUCUGGACUGUGUAUUAGCCAUAGAGAAGGGUGCUUAAGAAAUUCCAUCAGCAAUGCCAAGGCCAAAACCUCUGGAUUCAACGGGUGGACCUUCAAGCAAAUGCUAGCAUCCUUCUUGAAGCCAGCUCCACAAGCAUUCAGGCAAAACAAACUUUUUUGUACUGGAUGGUGUUUGCCUGGCCGAAAAGUAUCUCCCCCACUAGGUCGUGUCUUUUCAACUCGCAAAUGGCCAAUGAUCCAGAGGAGGAAAAAGGAAAUGCUUCAAAAACACUCAGAAGCUUUCAUUGAAACAUGGCAGCAUUGACAUUAAUGAAUGGGAGGAGCUUGCUCCCAAUCUUUCACAAUGUUGACAACUUACCAUCAAGCUGCAUCACACUUUGAGUCACAAUGUCUUAAUGAUGAGGCAGAGUGGCAGCAGAGAAAGAAAGAAAAGGAAGCAAAUCCUGCACUCCAGAACCCAUUAUCUCAUGGGAUAUCCUGCCCCAUGUGCCCAAAGAUCUGUGGGUUGAGAAUAGGGCUGUUCAGUCACUUGAAGACGCAGAAACUCACGGCCCUGAGUAGGGUUCAUCUUUGAAUUGAGGAAUAAGCAACAAUCCUAAAGCACAAUCUAAGAAAAGCAAUGUCUUGGUCAACAUCUCUCCUACAAUAUAGACUACUGGUCAUUAAUUUCAUUGCUGUUGUCAGAUUAGUCAUUCAUAAAAUAACUGUCACUGUAUCUUUUAUGUGGAUGUUACUGAAAACAUUUCUGAAACUUGAUAAGGCACUUUAAGAAUGUUAAGUCACUUUUCAAAUAUCUUCGCUUAUCCCAAACAUUCCAGUUUCCCUCCUGCUUUACAUUGACUGUCAUCCUCAGUGUAAAGCAAUCACAUAUUAUCCUUUACAGGAGGUGUGCUAUAGACAUACUGUUGAAUCUGAUUACUGGUCUAAUGCAAUUGGAAACAUUUAGAUAUGUGCAUUAUAGACAGGGACCCAAUUAACCUUGCUUACUGUUUUUUUUAUUAUGUGUACAUCUAAUUUAACAUCUCAAGGCCUGUGUAAAAUUCCUCAGAAUUUGUUCUCCUACGUUUCCAAAUGUCUUGGAAAAAAAUGAAUGCUAAAAAUAUUUUACAAUCAUACUAAUUUUCAGUCAGUAAGCCCAUUACUAUUUCACUCAAGUCUCUGUUAUUCAUAUGAACCUAGACACAUUUGUGUUGACACCACAAGGACUUUCAUAACAAAGCUCAAUUCUGUUCUCUCUCAAUGUCCACAUAAGCAUUGAUACUGUGGAUGCUGGAAAUCUGAAAUAAUAAGAGAACGCUGGAUACGCAGCAGGUCUGGCAGCAGCUGUGGCACAAUUUCCAAGUGGUGCCAAGGGACAAAAUGUAAGCUUGAACUGAGGGGGCUUUUUAAAAAUUGUCCUUCAUAAUUCAGCCAUACCAGAAUUGAUUGUAGAGUCUCCACUGCUUGAAUUAGCCAACUUGCGACUAUUUUGCACAAUUCAGCAGUACACCACACAGCUUAUUUGCCCACUAGGUUAUUGGCAAGCUCUGUUACAGCUUUUACUUUAAAAGUUCCAGCUUCCAGUCAGAAACUCUGAAUUUAAAAUGGUACUGAGGAAGCAAUAAUUGUUAAAUCGGUAUCUGUAACCACAGUGAAUGUAACUAGACGAUGGCAUAUCGGGGCAGAGUUACCACUUGGGGUGUAAUCAGCAAUCUGGGUACAAGAUGCGCUCAUUUUCUGAAUUUUUUUUUGCUUACGUUUCCAAUCAAACUCAUUCACAUGUAGUCAAACAUCAAAUCCUCUAUCAACCAACGCAAUCAUGUACCAGUUGAAAAUGUAAUUUUUUUCUUGCAUUAAAAAGAAUCCUUGAUAUAUUUGAA